AUGGUGAAAGUUCGGAGCUCUCGCCGCGUCGCGAGCUUGAAACCGAGCGACUAUGAUCAUGAGAUUGGUCUCGUCAACCACGAUGAGGCGGAUGACGAUUCGCAUACCGUGCUGACAUCGGCUGUUGAUACUCGUAGGGGCUCAACAACAUCACGAUUGGUAUCUUCGGUUGGCGACAGCGAAUUGGAAGACGGAACUCAGGCUGAAGGUAGCGGGACGAACCAACAUGGCACUCAGGGCCAACAAAAUGGUGUAGUGCCAGACGUUUCACAAGACGAAGGGAGCCAACUCCAACCGGAAGAGUCUCUACCUCACCCGUCCAUGCAACCGUCGAUUGAAGUUCAAGCUGCGACGCCUGAUGUAUUUCACGAUCCUACGCAUAGAAUCGUGCCCAAACGGCCACGCGAAGCUCGGGAAACUGCUAUUGACAUCAUGUACGAGAAUGAGCGAGGGGGCUUUAUGUGUGGCAUAGCAUUGUUUUCAUCUAAUGCCCUUGGCAGCCUGGAUCCACCAGCAUGGACCAACGCAUAUCAUAAACCCUCACCCACAAACAUUUAUACAGCGGUAGUUCCAGAUCCAUCAUGGGAGUGGGUUUGGUCUGAGUGGCGCAUAAACUAUGAAGAAGGCGUAGACGAGGGAGGUUGGGAAUACUCUUUCGCAUUUUCGAAAAAGUUCUCCUGGCAUGAGGCCAAAUGGUGGAACUCAUUUGUAAGAAGGCGUGUCUGGAUUCGAAAAAGGGCAAAGAGAAGACCCGAGGACAUGGACUGCUCAGGCAACCUACUCAACUCCGACUACUUUACCGUUCGCCCCGCGUCUUAUCGAAGCAGCAAGCGGCGGUCUACGGGAAGCUUGGCAAGCAGCCGAGUUCCCAGCAAGUCAAGCAUGACACACACAUCUAUCAAGGAGGUGGAAGAACCGUUGGAGAUUGAGGACGUAGAAACCUUAUUGUCGGUGCUACGUUCGUCGCGAAUCGAUCGAGAGAAGAGGGAGGCGGUCGAAAACUAUCUUGAACACGCAGUGGACCUCAGCCAGCUUCAAGACGAGAUGCAUGAAAUAAUGGCUAUUUUCGUUUUUCAAGCAUCAAGGCGGCAGCUUCUGGCUUACUUAAUGCGCAAAUACGACGACACAAUACGCAAACUGGAAGAAAGCGACCACAAGGACAAUAAAGAACUCUUGGAACGGAAGGAAGCGUUGGAGGCGGCCGUCAAACAUGCAGAUGAGGAGGUUAGCAAGCUGGCUUACUGGAGUGAUGUGAAAAAGAUGGCUGAGAGAGGCGAGCUGAGGCUGUCGCUCGACGAUGAUCAGGGUUGGUAUGAGGCACACGCUGGUCUGGACCGAAGCGCACCGGCUGCACCGAAUAUGGGCAAGUUGCCAGGACCAGGAUCCAAAUGA